AUGCCUGCCGGAUACAGAUCGAACGGUCACAUCGCACACCCCGGGAAUGGACACAUCAGUGAGUUCACUGCCACGGAUAAGUAUUACACAAACGGUGGACCGAAGCUGCGCGGAUGGACGAAUGGAGGCAUGCAGGAUCACCAGUCGACGCUGUCACGACCCCGCUCAGCGGAGGUUAUCACGGCCAACGGGAAUGGCACGCUGCCGAACGGACGUCACGCCAACGGUGUCCUCACGCGUGGUCCCGGUGGGCUACACGAGGAUCUUGAGUUCCCGCCGACGCCUCGGACGCUGUCAAAGAAGAAACAGAUCGUGUGGAUGCGGCCACAUGACAUGUGCGUGCGACCGCAGUUUCGUAUCGCACCAUCCGGGACGCCGCUGACGGCCCGCGAGCUUCCGGAACCGGUGGGACCAGGCGAUCCCAGCCUCCUGGCAGCGCUGGGGUGUUUAUCUCAGCUUCCGAGAUUGCUGGAGCGUGUUGUGCCGCCGGAGCAAACGUUCGAUACCGCGAAUGGGUACUGCGGGAUGUUCAAGUUUCGCUUCUGGCAAUGGGGCAAAUGGAUAGAAGUACGGGUCGACGAUCGCUUGCCAACACGUGGGGAUCGUCCUGCGCACAUGCACUGCGCCCAACCGGACAUCUUCUGGGCGGCACUGCUCGAGAAGGCAUACGCCAAAUUGUACGGAGGAUACACCUUCCUGAAGUACGGCACAGUAGGCCGGGCGUUGCAGGACCUCACCGGUGCCGUUGUACAGAGUGUCCCACCUAGUGGGCCGCUACUCGGUGGAGCAGUACCUCGAUCGACGUUAUUGAUCGCGAUCAGUGGAGUGGAGAAAGAAACAAAACGACGACGAUCGGGUCUCCUGACGGAACACCCAUACUGUGUGACGGGUCUUGCACGAGUACGCGCAAACUCCAACGAUAUGUCCACACACGGCAGCGGUUCUUCCGGUGGUGAUACGAGCCUCAUCCGACUGCGUAGUCCAUGGAUCGGUGGUGAAUGGGGUGGUGUUUGGUGUGGAGCCUGGUCCGAACGCAGCUGGGAGUGGAACGCUCUGAACGAACGUGAUCGUGAGCUGCUGUCAUCACGCUCCUCCAGUGACUGCGAAUUCUGGAUGUCAGUGAACGAGUUCUUGACACGCUUCGUCGUGAUCUGGUUGGCGCACAUUGGUCCUGAUGACUGGGCGUUGGAACCGGGAUUGCACACGCGCGCCCCCUGGCGAGCAGCUCUCGCCGUACGGCAAUGGCGCGGUGGCUUUAACGCCGGUGGUCCACACAAGUUCGUUGAGACGACGGCCACAAAUCCGCAGUUUCGCAUUCGCGUACCUCCCGGUCAUCCAUCGAAGGCGCACGUCGUCGUAGCGGUGGCACAAAAGUACGAGUGCUACCGUAGCCGGAACUAUGAGGAUGAUGAGAUCGGUUUCACCAUCUACGAAGUUCCGCCGGGGAUGCAACGUGUCACUCCACAGUACGUCAGUGAGCAGCUACCGCUUGAUUUCGCGCCUCUGUCGAAUUUGCGCGAGAUCGCCACCUUUUUCGCGCUGCCAGCUGGAGACUUUGUCGUGAUGCCACACGCGGCUCAACACCGGGAGGGUCGCUUUUUGCUGCGUAUCUUCGCCGAUCAGCACACGGACGUGUGGGAAGUGAACGAGGAGAACCUGGUCAUACACAACAUAGCGGCCGAGUUUUGUGACGAACGCACGAUCGAUGCCCGAAUCCUCUACAAACUUCGCGCUCGCUAUCCGCACGAGAUCGAUGCCACUCAACUACAAGCCAUCCUGAAAGCGCACGGUGGCAACAACCGAGGUUUCCGUGGGCUCGGUGGCAUCAACUGCGGUCCUUCGUUGGAGCUGUGUCGUGGAAUGUUAGCCCUCCGUGAUCCAGCCCUCGGUGGUCGUCUUUCGAUCGAACACGUGCCAGCUUUAAUCGGGCUGAUGCGCUUCUGGAAGGCGGCCUUCCGUCGUUGUGGUCCAUCCUCCUCCGGUACAGCCACACUCAGUCGAGGCAUCUGGGCUUCACGGGUGUCUUCUUACUGCCUACGAGGACUGCUCUGGGCUGGUGGAGCCACAGCCAGCAACAAGGUACUAGAGGCCCUCGUGAGCCGCUUCACUCGCAACCGUCUGAUCACGCUCGAAGGAUAUCUGCUGUCGAUGGCGCGGUUGCACCUUGCCCAUGAACGCUACCACAGUCUGGAUGCCAAAGCAAAGGCCAGCCCACUAUCGCUGGAGGAGAUGAUUCUUAUGACUAUCUACUCGUGAGGGAAAACCGGUAACCGAAUGAAACGCAGAG